AUGCCAAAAACGUCUCCCUGCGGGUCUCAGGCGUACAACUUUGUGGUGACCAACCCGAUCGGGCUCUUGGACUAUGACACUUUUGGUCAACUUGCGACGCAGAUUAGCUUCACCUUGGACCACACCAGGAUGGUCUGGGAAAGAAUGUGGGAAUUCCUGGGACGAGCUAAUGAGGUGGCGCCGGAAGUGGCGCCGGAGGGGCUGAGGAAGAAUGAAUUUGCGCAUGUUAUGAGCUUUGCCUGCAGCCUGCGGGACCUGACCAGCCUGCGCAUUCGCCUUCAGCUGCGUUACGGAUCUUUGUCAACUUCCUUUGACCAGAACCGAAAGUACCUGGACCCGGACUCCUGGAACGAGUUGCUGGCAUCGGUUGGAGCCUCCAAUGAGGAGGCCAAGAAUUUCUUCAGGGUCAUGAUGGCCAACAGCCAGCGCAGGUCGCCCAAGAUCAGCCGCCGCUUGUUCCUCUUGGUCCUGCGGAAUGCGGAGGGCUUCGUCGCCGCGAGAGGUCUUUUAAAGAACUUGAAACUCAGCAACGAAGCAACUGCAUGGCGCGCUCUCAUGGAGCACGCGCGAAGGACUGCUAAGCACAAAGGGAUCCACCAAGACAACAGCAGAUCCAUCACCGCAACAGAGCUUCAGCAACUGCUGAGUCCGCAGUGCAACGCGCUGCAAUGCGAAGCCUUGCUGCGCAUGGCGCUGGCGAAGCAACAGCGCGAGCGGAGUUCAGGCGCCCUGCGGUUAGAGGAAGUGCUGUUGGUGGCUGUGGCCGGGCUGGGGCAGCGAGCGGAUGAACUGCGGAAGGAACUGGGGCGAGACUAUGACGGAGAGGAUGUGUCCACGAGUUUUGCCACCUUGCUUCGUCAGCCAGGGGCAGUGUCAGCUGGUGCGGCCGGUGCCGGCGCCAGCGCCCUGGAGCGGCUGCGGCGCUCCAUGACGGUGUCCGUGGCCGAAGCGGCCAGGAAACUGCAGAGAGGUGAGCCGCAUCAGGGCGCCACAACGUUGUUGGGCAUUGUAGGAAAGCGGCCGCCAAGCCAUGUGCGGAGCUAUCAAAGCAGUGACACUGAGGAUCCCUCCAUCUCUUCCCGUUCCCCGAGCCGCGGCAGCCGCAUCUCACGCCAUUCCUCGCCGCGGCCGGAGACAGCGGGCGAGUGCAGGACCGGGUUCGCCGGGGUUUGCGCAGCUCUUGCGGCUGUCAUGGCAGCAGCGGCAGCGCGGAAACUGCAAAAAGACAUUGAGGUCGUUUUGAAGAAAGGUCAUGAAGGGACCGAGGAAUUCGCGGAGUUGUGGGAGCAGAUGGCAAAUGCCUCCAGUGGCCCCCAGAAGGAGAGACUGGGAGAAGAGUUGAAGAAGUGUAUCAACAAGCUUCAGAGACUUCGAUCCCAGAUGCGAGACUGGUUGGGCUCCAAUGCAGUACCCUCCAAUCUCAAGGACAAGCUUGAGGACGGACGGAAGUUGAUUGAGAAUGAUAUGUCCAGGUUCAAAGACUUCGAGCGGGAGUUCAAGACGAAAGCCUUCUCUGGUGCAGGUCUAGCCAAGAUGGACGAGCUUGACCUAGAAGAAGCUGAGAAGCUGAAGUACCAGGACUGGUUGGGUCACACCAUUCAGGCGUUGAAAGACCAGCUGGACCAGUUUGAAGCAGACACGCAGCUGUUGUCUUCGAAGAAGAACCAGAGUUCUGAUGACAAGGCGCGACUGCCGAAGCUUCAGAAGGCUCAGGAGACCAGCCGAUGGCAUAUCAAGAAGCUAGAGCAAUUGCUGAGGGCUGUGAACAACGAUGCGGUAGAGAUUAGCGACCUCGCCAUGGUCAAGGAAAGCAUAGAACUCCUGGUCGAGAACGGCGAGGAGUCAGAGCUGUAUCAUGAUGAGUUGCUGUAUGAUUCUUUUGACCUCACAGAGUACGAAGAAAAGGCCAUGCCCAAGGGCAUGGAGGUAGAUCGACCAGAGGAAUCAGCCAGUAGUGCGGGUGAUUCCAAGAAGGCCAAGGAAAAGGAGAAGAAGGGCAAGAAGUCCUCGUGGGUCUCUGCAGAGAAGAAGACGCCCCCACCUCCAAAGCCUCCGGUGAUCAGCAAAGUCAUCGAAGAGGAGAUUAAGAUGAGCAAGAUGCUCGAUCCGGAGGAAGUGAAAGUGCAGGAAGAUCAGUUGCUGACCGAAAGGGAAGAGUUUAUUUGCAAGAUUUGCCAGAUCCAUGUGGUGGGUUGUCGACCGAAGUUGACCACUUGUUCUCACCUUUUCUGUGGAGAUUGCAUUGCGCAGUGGUUUAAUCAGCAUCCAGACACACAGACCUGGGCCCAGAGAGCGAAAGCAGCUGGGCCCGACCGAUGUGUUCCAUGUCCUGUGUGCAAAAAGAGUUUGAAUGAGAAUAUCGAUCUUGCCCCUUUGAAUGUUGGAUCCCCCAGUGGGCCAAGAGGUGAGAAUGUGCUGUUAUGGAGAAUGUUGUCCGGCCUGCGGAUAAUUUGCGCCAACAAUCCCAAGAUCCGCAAGGGGGAUCCCUGGACAGCAUGGGCUGGGCUUGGAAGUGGGGCCGAAGGGGCCGAAGGGGAUGGCAAGUGCGAUUGGCAGGGCGAGUACGGCACCUAUCAGAAGCACAUUGAGGUUUGCAAGAAUGCAGAUGCGGAUUACCCCCCAGAAGUGGUGAGCAAAACGCCGGAGAAGGCGACUCCACAGCUGGCUGCUCAGGUGGCCCCGCAGGCGCCACCCGCGAAGCAGGUCACCGCGAAGCACGUUCCAGCGCCGUCCCUCGGGUCGUUCCAAAAAAUGAUUAAACCGUUUAAACCAACCCCAGGGCCCAACCCUGAUACAGCUUAUGUUCCACUGAGGAAGCAGUCUCCAACGCAGGCGCCCAAGAUGCCAGUGGCUCCCAAGGCCGCUGCAGCUGCAGCUGCGCCCAGCCCUGCGCCCGCAGCACCGGCAGCGCCACCCUCGGUGCCUCCGCAGCCGCGCCGAUACGAAGAAAGGAGGGAAUCACAGCCUCAGAUUCCUCAGCCGGCCCCGCAAGUGGCGCCGGCCCCAGCUGUGGCCCCGGUGCAGGCGCCCCGCAGAGAAGAGGCCGCCUAUGCAGCUCCGCAGGCUGCAUACACAGGGAGCUACACAGGAUAUGCCGUGGGCAACUUCGAGGCCACCGGGCCGACGAUGGUCCCAGUGCGACAUGGUGAUGUGAUCGAAGUCUUAGAGACUCACCACACAGGAUGGAGCUAUGCUAAGAAUCUCACGAACAACAGCAUUCCUCCGGGCUGGGUCCCAUCCUGGAUUGUGGAUGCCUCCCGGGCGAACCCGGCGCCGCAGCCCGCGUCUCCGGAGACGCCCCCGGUGAUGCCUGCGCAGCCUGCGGCGGUGACGCCACCCCGGGCCGAGCCGGUGAACAAGACGGUGAUCUUGCAGACACGGGACAGAGAACAAGAUCUUCGACCCGCAGCAGCGCCCACCCGUGCGCCACCUACCUUGGUGACUCCUAGCAGGGAUUUCGUGUCAGGUAGCGAUUCUCAGAUGUCCUUGUCCACGCUUGAUCAAGUGGAAAUCGUAGAGCGCCACCAGAGCGGAUGGACUUUCGGUCGCAAGAUGCUCAAUGGUGCGUCGGUAUCUGAGGGUUGGUUUCCUGAUUGGGCCUGCACCUUGGCGAUUUGGGGGAUCCAGCCAUAA